AUGGUAAACCACAUGCGUUCAGUCUUGUUACGCUACGUCGGAAUAUGUGUGAUAGCGACGUGUUUCAUUCUACUGCUAAUCAGCGGUUUGCCAAGUGCAUUGGAUACUUGCAAGUGCGAAGAACAACUGGAUCGUGAUCUGCAGCACGAGCGGUUCCACAAGAGCUUCCGGUUCGAGAAUACGGAUCAAAAAAGGCUUGCCAUAGUAGUGCCCUUUCGAGACCGGUUCGAUGAGCUGCUACAGUUCGCCCCGCACAUAGCACUGUUCCUGAGCAAACAGGGCGUUCCGUUUCACAUAUUCGUCGUGAACCAGAACGAUCGAUUCCGAUUCAAUCGCGCAUCGUUGAUAAAUGUUGGCUUCCUGCAGGUUCGGGACAAAUACGACUACUUUGCGAUGCACGAUGUCGAUCUGCUUCCGCUGAAUGACAAUCUGCGAUACGAGUUUCCUGCCGACGGACCGCUACACAUUUCCGGGCCCGAGUUCCACCCGAAGUACCAUUAUGCGGCAUUUAUCGGUGGCAUACUGUUGCUUCGCAUGGAACAUUUCGAGCAGCUGAACGGAAUGUCGAACCGUUACUGGGGCUGGGGUCUGGAGGAUGACGAGUUUUAUGUGCGCAUCCGGGAGGCCGGUCUUGAGGUGACCCGGCCGAAAAACAUUACGACCGGCACGAACAACACAUUCCUGCAUGUGCACGACCGUGUGCACAGGCGGCGAGAUACGACGAAAUGUUUUAAUCAGCGCGAAGUAACGAGGAAGCGUGACCGGGAAACGGGUCUGGGUACGGUGCAGUAUUCGAUCCACAGCCGCCGAGAGAUGACAAUCGAUGGCGUUCCGGUGACGGUGCUGAAUGUUGAUCUGUUCUGCGACAAGCAGAAAACCCCCUGGUGCGAGUGUGAACCCAAAACGGACAAUGCGAACGUAAAGGUUCCGAAGAAAAAAUCCUCCUAA